AUGAAGCGGAUGGGAAUGGUUCUGGUCGCACUUUGCCACUUGAUCGCUUUGGUGGCAAGCGUCGAUCGGAACAACUUCAAAACUUGCGAACAGAGCAGCUUCUGUCGCCGGUUGCGUUCGCUUGAACCACAGACGAGUGAGUUCGAGGUGUUGCCGCAGACGCUGCAGCAGUUCAAGCAGUACGUUACAUUGAACCUUGUCCACCAACACACCAAGCAUGAAUAUACGCUGAAGUUGGCAUGCGUGAAGGGAGGCGGAUCUUUCCACAUGCAGGUGGAUGAGAAGCACCCACUGAGUGUCAGGUACCGGGUGCAGGAUGCACUCGUACAAGAACCACAAUACGGCCCUACCAAGGUAGAAAGUACGUCCGGCACGCUGAUUAUGGUGGCUUGUGGUGAGGGCAGCGGUGUGAAGGCCGCGAUCCAGGUCGCCCCGUUCAAGGUGGACUUUUUCCAGCAGGGCAAGCUGGUGGUGACGGCAAACGGUAAAGGUAUGAUGCGAUUCGAACAUUUGCGUCACAAACCGGAACCGAAGGCAGAACAGAACGUGGCAGAUGAGGCGGAACCGGCACAGAAGGAGGGUGAGCAGGUGGAGCAAGCCGAUGAACCACCGGCCGAUGAUCCGGGUGCAUGGGAGGAAAAUUUUAAAUCCCACCACGACUCGAAACCAAAAGGACCGGAAGGGUUGGCGUUAGAUUUUACCUUCCCGCAGGCGAAGGUACUAUUCGGUAUUCCGGAGCAUGCGGAUACGUUCGCGCUGCGUCACACGGCCACGAAGGGCACCGAUCCGUACCGGUUGUACAAUCUAGAUGUGUUUGAGUACGAGCUGAACAAUGGUAUGGCACUGUACGGUUCGGUACCGGUUGUGUACGGGCACGGGGAAACAUCGACCAGUGCGGUGUUUUGGCUGAAUGCGGCUGAAACGUGGGUCGAUGUGUUUAGCACGAACCGUGACACGGACGUUGUUUCGUCGCUGGUCAAUCUGGUAUCGUGGAACAGCCAGACCGAACCACCGGCCGCUAACUUCAUCUCGGAGAGUGGCAUUAUGGAUGUGUUUGUGCUGCUCGGUCCAGCGCCGAUCGAUGCGUUCCGACAGUACACCGACCUGACCGGGAAGGGACCGUUGCCACAGCUGUACGCGAUCGCUUACCAUCAGUGUCGCUGGAACUACAACGACGAACGGGACGUGGAGAUGGUUUCGGCAAAGUUCGACGAGCAUGAUAUACCGAUGGACACGAUGUGGCUGGAUAUUGAGUACACGGACGGCAAGCGCUACUUUACCUGGGAUCAUCACAAGUUCCCACAUCCGGUGGAGAUGAUUCGCAAUCUGACCGACCUCGGGCGUCACCUCACCAUCAUUAUCGAUCCGCACAUUAAGCGCGAUGGUGGAUAUUUCUUCCACAACGAAUGUACCGACCGUGGACUUUAUGUGAAGAACAAGGACGGCGGUGAUUACGAAGGAUGGUGCUGGCCAGGUGCGGCCAGUUACGUGGAUUUCUUCAGUCCGGACGCACGGCGUCAUUACGCGGACCAGUAUCUGCUGGAAAACUUCCGCGAACAGUCGGAGACGGUCGGCAUCUGGAACGAUAUGAAUGAACCGUCCGUGUUUAAUGGACCGGAGGUGACUAUGCUGAAGGAUAAUGUGCACCACGGAGGGUUGGAGCAUCGGGACGUGCACAAUCUCUACGGCCACAUGCAGCUGAUUGCGACGUUCGAUGGUUUGCUGCGGCGUGGCAACGGUCGUUUGCGUCCGUUCAUCCUAACCCGGUCACACUUUGCGGGCAGCCAGCGCUAUGCGGCUGUUUGGACGGGUGACAACAUGGCGGACUGGGGACAUUUGCAGGCAUCGAUCAAGAUGUGCCUAUCGCUUUCUGUCGCCGGUAUUAGCUUCUGCGGUGCGGAUGUAGGUGGCUUCUUUGGCAAUCCGGACGGUGAGCUGUUUUCGCGCUGGUAUCAAACCGGUGCGUUCCAACCGUUCUUCCGUUCGCACGCACACAUUGAUACGAAGCGGCGUGAACCGUGGUUGUUCCCGGAGGAUGUAAAGCUCGUCAUACGGGAUGCGAUCCGGAAGCGUUACCGGCUGCUGCCGUUCUGGUACACGAUGUUUUACGAGCAUGAGCGCAGUGGGCUACCGAUUAUGCGCCCACUGCUAGCGCACUAUCCGACGGAUGUGAAUGCAUUUGCGAUCGAUAAUCAAUAUCUGCUCGGAGAUCAACUGCUGGUGGCGCCGGUGCUGGACCAGAAGCAGCAGCGAAGUCGCGAGGUGUACUUCCCGGUGCGAGGUGAUGGACAAGGUGACUGGUGGUACGAUUGCGACACGUACCGCAAGCACACUGGCACGGGUGUGGAAGCGAUCCCGGUCGAUAACUACAAGGUGCCGGUGUUCCAGCGGGGUGGUACGAUUCUGCCGACGAAGGAACGUAUUCGCCGUGCAUCGACACUGAUGCGACACGAUCCGUAUACGCUGACGGUGGCACUGGACCGGGAUGGACGUGCAAAGGGUACGCUAUACAUAGACGACGAGCAAAGCUACGAGUACCGGCGGGGUCACUAUCUCUACUUGGAGUUUGAGUUCCGCGACGGUGUGCUGAGCAGCCGGAAAAUUGAUACCACCGCCACCUACCAGACGGAUGCAUGGUUCGAGCGGGUUGUUAUCGUCGGGCUGGGAAAAGUCCCAACAGCGGCCACCCUCUAUACCGAUGCGUCCGGCGCUGCCACUGGCCGGUUGGAGCUGGAGCGUGCUGGAGAUGUUGUGACCGUGCGCAAACCGGGCGUCUCCAUGCUUGACGCUUGGUCGAUUAAACUCGAUUUCUAA